CUGCUGCCACCCUGUGCUGGGUUGGACAUUUUCAGCUGCUGACCACAGCGAGCAGCUGUCAGCACCUGGUGGGACAGACAUGAUGGGGCUGAGGUUACACAGCUGGAGUCCCCUGGGGUCUCUCCUAUCCCUGCUCUUCUCAACCAGCAUGGCGUACAUUCCUACCAGAGAAAACUGCUGCAUAUUGGAUGAUCGAUUUGGUAGCUUCUGCCCAACAACCUGUGGCAUUGCAGAUUUCUUUAAUAAAUACCAUCUCAGUGUGGAUAAUGACCUUCAGGAAAUGGAGAGAAUUUUGCAGCAGAUUUCUAACUCCACAGUGACAACAGAACAUCUGAUUCAACACAUCCAAGGCCUCUAUCCUUCAGAGAAGCAGACAUUACCAAAUUCAAUUGAUACUCUUACUCAAAAGUCCAGGAAAAUAAUUGAAGAAAUUAUCAGAUAUGAAAACACUAUAUUGUCUCAUGAAAAUACUAUACAACAAUUGACAGAUACACAUAUACUGAACAGCAACAGGAUUGCACAGCUGAAAGAGAAGAUUACCCAGCUCGAGUUACAGUGUCAGAAGCCAUGCCAAGACAGGGCUGAAAUACAGGAGACGACUGGAAGAGAUUGUCAAGACAUUGCAAAUAAAGGUGCCAGGAAAAGUGGUCUUUACUUUAUCAAGCCUCAAAGAGCCAAGCAGUCGUUCCUAGUCUACUGUGAGAUUGACUCAUAUGGCAACGGCUGGACAGUAUUGCAGAGGAGACUGGAUGGGAGUGAGGACUUCAGUAAAAAUUGGGUUCAGUACAAGGAAGGAUUUGGACACCUGUCUCCAGAUGACACCACUGAGUUCUGGCUGGGCAAUGAGAAGAUACAUUUAAUAACUACACAGUCUACUCUACCUUACACCUUGCGAAUAGAGCUGGAGGACUGGAGUGGCAAAAAAGGCACUGCUGACUAUGCUGUAUUCAAAGUGGGAAGUGAAGAAGACAAGUAUCGACUGACCUACGCCUACUUUCUCGGUGGUGAAGCUGGGGAUGCUUUUGAUGGUUAUGAUUUUGGAGAUGACCCGAGUGAUAAAUCCUUUACCUAUCAUAAUGGCAUGCGGUUCAGCACCUAUGAUAAUGACAACGAUAACUAUGCUGGCAACUGUGCUGAGCAAGAUGGAUCUGGAUGGUGGAUGAAUAGGUGUCAUGCUGGCCACCUCAAUGGCAAAUAUUAUACAGGUGGUGUGUACACAUCAGAAGAUGCUGGUCCAUCUGGAUAUGACAACGGCAUUAUCUGGGCAACCUGGCGUGACCGGUGGUACUCCAUGAAGAAAUCUGCAAUGAAAAUCAUCCCAUUCAACAGACUGUCAGUAGAUGGACAGCAGCACAAUCUGGGCACCAAACAGGUUGGAGACGUGUAAAGGACAAUUUCACAAAGGCCAGUCUGAACAGGGAAAGCAAAUCUUUUCUCUCUUGGACACCGAACCUACCUAACAAUAUAGAGUUCAGUUUUGACUAUAAAACACCAUUGACUGUAAGAUGCCCAAACCUCUUUCCUGAGAAGUGCUUACCUCUGCAGAUGGUUAUUUUUUUCUGUACACAUUCUCAAUAAAUUUUUGAUUAUUA